CACAGGCGCAGCGGAACUGCUACUCGACCCCUUACUUACCUCAAGAAGACCAUCUAUUCAACCAAAGAAUAACAUGUGUAUCGCACUCCUAUCAACCGCUCACCCAUCCUAUUCUUUGAUCAUCAUCGACAACAGGGAUGUACGCGAUCAGAUCCAGAGCACAUGACUGAAUCUGUGCAGAACUAAUGGCGUCCAGGAAUACCUCCGCCGGCCAACAUCGCCCGCGGAAUGGUGGCCGGAACCGGCGUCUAACGUUAUAGGGGGUCGGGAUCUGGCACGAGCACCACAUGGGACAUGGAUGGGGGUGACCAAGGAGGGGAAGGUAGCUGUUCUGACCAACUACCGUGAAAAUACAUCCGAGCAGGCUAUUGGAGCGAAGAGUCGAGGGGCCAUUGUGUGCAGCUGGAUUGCGGCGCCGCCGGGCCAGGAGCGGUCAAGGUCAACCCUGGAGUUUGUGCAGGACAUGGUUGCGAGUCCCACUGCGCGAAAUGUCGGCGGAUUCAGUCUAUUGUGCGGCUACCUCAACGAGCCCCUGGCUAUUGUCUCCAACCGCUCCUCGACAAUGGACCAGAUUGCCUGGGUGGCCACGGAAGAAGGCCAGACGUUAGGACUGAGCAACACAGUGUUCGACGAUCGGUCAUGGCCUAAGAUCAUGGACGGAGAAAGACUAGUGAACGAAGCCAUUGCUGCACAUGCACAGGCCGGCGAGGAUGAAGAUAGCCUCAUCGCCCGACUCCUUGACGUAUUGAGUACCAACACUCUCCCAAAGCUUUCAGAGGAUGCCACGGCAGAGGACUACCUCCCGCAUUUUCGGAAAAGUAUCUUUAUCCCGGCGCUGGGGGCCCGAGAGAAGCUACCUGGGAAGGCAACACCUCUGUGCGCCGAGAGCAAGAUCGUCGAUAGCACCGCUGCUGGACAGCACGACGUGAUAGACCAGUCGUUCUUGCAUGGGCCGUACGGAACCCAACAGCAGACAGUGCUCCUGGUAAGUGACAGCGGGCGGGUGCGAUAUUUCGAGCGGACACUGUAUGACAACGAUGCGAAGGCCAUCCCGAUCGGUCAAGGCGAUCGAUCAUUCGAGUUCCAAGUUCGCACACGCUCAGAGUGAUUCUACACGAACGAUGACCUUUGUCUCCGCUGGCUGGCCUGGUGGGUGUGUAUGCCCAAUAUAGCAAUGCAAACUCCACAUAACACGAUCUCCGUGGCCAAGGGAAUGUAAAUAUGCUGCUGUUCAACACAAAGAUGUCCAAAAUAGCCGCUCAAGCCCGUAAUACUGCCGCAACCGGUAGAUACUAAAUACUAAAAUCAA